GUGUGUUUGUUUGGAGGAGGAGCUCAUCGUUCAGCUCCAGCAGAUCGCAGCUGGUCUUCAGGUCAGUCAGUGAUCUGCGCGCUUGUGCUGGAGAUGUUGGAUCAUCAGUGUGUGUCUCCAGUCAUCGAGGUCUUUAUUCCGGCUCUCACGAGGGAAGUGGACGAGACGGGAAAGUUGCGCAAACUCUUCAGAUUGGAGAUUCUCUUCAAUGGAAGGAAACACUUUGUUUUGCGGCGACACAGUGAAUUUCAGACGCUUCACCGGAAGCUGAAGAAGAUUCUGCGAGCUCCUGAUUUCCCCAGUAAGAGAAACCAGCACCUGCGAACCAAACCGCUGGAGCAAAGACGACAGGAACUGGAGGACUACAUCCAGGAGAUUCUGUAUCGAAAUGACGUUGUUCCUCAAGAGCUCCUGGAUUUCCUGCAGGUCAAACAUUUUCAUUCGGCGAGCAAGAACUGCAGCUCUGAUGAAAACCAGUCAGAUGACUGUCAAGAGCAGGGAUACAGUUUUAAGUUAUUCAAUCAGCGAGUAGUUGGUUUCUCGGCUGACCCUUACCAGCUUGAAUCCAGAUCAGACCUCCCUGAUAUCGUGGUGGCCGGCGUCCUGCAGGGUUUGUACCCCAGAGACGUCAAAGUGAGUUUCAAAAAGAGCUGCGCUAAACCCAGCAGCCUCACCUGUGCACCAGAGCUGCCCGUGCAUCCCAAAAUCCCCACUAUUACCAUAAACAGAAGCAAUAUCAGCUCACUGCCAGAGUCACAGAGAAUAUGAGUGCAAUCACUGCAGUGUUGCCUAGCAACUCCAUCUGCUUUAAAUGUGCCUUCACAUGUUUAUAUCGACUGAAUCUUUUCUCUUUAGGUUUGUCAUAUUUUAUGUGAAUCUUACAAAAACGGUCUAGGUCAUUGUCAUCUCAAAAGCUUAGUUAAAAAAAAAUUAAAGACUAUUUUGACUGCCAACUUUACCAUGCACAAAAAAUGGAUUUAAAUGUAAAUAUUUAAAGUACAGCUGCAAUUAUUCAUCAUUGCAAUAUGUUGUUCUGAAUUUAAAUUAUGCUAAUUUCUGUAGUUUUUUUUUACCAUAUUAAAAUCAAGUUUUUGUGCUUAAUUGUAAUAGUCACAAAAAUCUUAAUGGACC